ACAAGGGGAGGUUUUCCGUUUCCGGCUGUCAUACUACUGCGACGCCUGCCACUGUCUCCCAAGCACUGGCUCUGUUUAUAAUAAGUUGAGUAGUCUGAGAUUAUCGUCUUUUAAUCGUGAAUUAUCGCCAGUGAAAGUUAACGAAGACUGCACGACUCUAGUCCAACGGCAUUGUUGCAAUAAUACAUUACAUGUGUGAAGAAUUUGUAAUCAAAUUGGAGUAACUAGAUAUAAAAAAGAUGGCUUGGAGAUUCAAGGCAUCAAAAUACAAGAAUGCAACACCAAUAGUGCCAAAGCCAGAGGCAUGCAUUCGUGAUAUAUGCGUCGGGUCUUAUCAGACCUACGGGAACAACAUCGCAGCGUCCGCUGCAUUUAUGGCAUUCAAUGUUGAUCACAAUGGAUCUAGUCUGGCUGUUUUGCCACUUGAGGACUGCGGCAGGAAGAGCAAAACAAUGCCUCUCCUUCAUGCACACGCUGACACGGUCACUGAUAUGGAUUUUUCCCCCUUUCACGAUGGACUAUUGGCAACUGGCUCCCAAGAUUGUCUCGUCAAAUUGUGGCACAUCCCGGAGGCUGGACUCGAGGAGUCACUCUGCAAUCCUGAGGGGACAUUUUCACACAGACAGAGACGAGUCGAGGUUGUACGCUGGCAUCCCACGGCUGAACAUCUCUUGACCACUGUUUCUUAUACUAAUUUGUCACUGUGGGACGUCGUGUCGCAGCAGGAAUUGUUCUCGAACAAUGAACAUUCCGAAGUGAUUCAAUCAGUAAGCUGGAAGUACGAUGGCUCUCUCCUGGCUACCUCUUGCAAGGAUAAACAGGUCCGCAUUGUCGACCCACGAGGAUCAAAAUCAAUCGUGAACACUUGCUCAAGCCACCAAAGCAUCAAAGACUCCCGCAUUGUCUGGCUGGGGAACAGUGACAGAAUCCUAACGACUGGCUUCGACGCUGCACGACUGCGUCAGGUCUACAUCAGGGACCUCAGGAAUCUCUCCGAUCCUGUGAAAACACUGGAGCUCGACUGCAGCACUGGGAUCCUCAUGCCACUGUUCGAUCAGGACACCAAUAUGCUGUUUCUAGCUGGCAAGGGGGACACCACGAUUUUCUACAUGGAAGUCACUGAUAAGGAUCCCUUUUUGGUGGAAGGAAUUCGUCACAGUGGGGAGCAGACCAAGGGAGUCUCCUUGGUUCCAAAACGUGCACUCAAUGUCAUGCAGGCUGAGGUCAAUAGGGUUCUGCAGUUGACGUCGAAUAUGGUCAUUCCGAUCAUGUAUCAGGUGCCACGAAAGACAUAUAGAGACUUUCACGGUGAUAUUUAUCCAGACACAGCGGGUUGCAUUGCUCAAAAUACUGCCGAAGCGUGGAUCAUGGGUCACAAUGCCCCAGUUCCAAAAAUAUCCUUAGAUCCUGCCAAACGUGCUAAAGGAGAAGAGCCAAUAACUAUACACAGAGGAAACUUGGCGAAACUGAAAGAAAGCCAGCAGGACAUAAAGGCCGAGCAGGCGAAGGCAGCGAAGAGUCUGCAUUCCACACCGAAGGGUUUCCUCCAGCCAACAAGGGUGCAAUCAAUCGUACAAGAGCGCGAGGAGAAAAAGGAGAAGCGCAUCGAGCCCGAACCGGAGAAGAUGGAGAAAAUUGAGAAACCGGAAAGACCAGACAAGAAUGAUGAAACAAUGAGGCCAAUCGAGACGGAUGAUGACAAGCAGAAAGUGCAGAAUGGCCAGUCGAUGCCGCCAAAGCCAUUGCCAAGGUCUUCACGAGCUAAUAGCAUCUCCGAGGAGGAGCCCAAGCCAGUGGCUAGACCGAGAACAUCACCCAGUUCUGGGACAGUUGUUACUUCAGUCAAUCCUAAUAUGGUUGGAGGAUACAAGCCCCGACUGGGUCCGAAGCCGUUCCAAGCGAAAUCGGGGAGCCAAGAGUUCUCCUUCGACAAAGUCUUCUCGGUCCCAGUGGCCCCGAACACCGACACCAACGGCUACCCCGCGGAGCCGCACCCCAUAAUAGACAGCACGCCCCCCGAUGCCGACAAAUCCCCGACCUUCGACAACGACCGAAUAAAAGAAUCCGAGAACGGAAAGAGCGACUCGUCCUCAAUGGAGGAGGACGCCAACUCCAGUGACUCUGGUUACAAGCCCAAGACGCCGAGCACCGCUGAGCGUCGCAAGUUAUUCGAGACCAAAGUGAAGGACGAAUCCCCUGAGAGCGAGGAGACCCCAGGGAGCCUGGAGCGUGGUGGACUCAACAGAAACUCAAUAGCAGAGCGCCGAAGGCUCUACGAGAGCAGAUCAGUGUCGGUGACCGACGGAAACCUGGCGGAGAAGGCCCUGGGCUCCCCGACAGCCCUUCGUCGCAGGGACUCCUUCAAAUCCAAAUCCGAAGUUCUGAAGGACGACGAGAAGAAGAUCCCCAUGCUGCGACAGCAGAGCAUGGACCCUCGCCUGGAGAAGCCCGAGCCCAUCACGACCCCCACCCCCAAGAGAACCUCAACAGUCUUCGGAAGAGUCUCGAAAUUUCGCCACCUGAAGGGCACACCAGGCCACAAAUCGACGCACAUCGAGAACAUCAGGAACAUAAGUCGACAGAUAUCAGGGGAGUGCGAUGGAUUCCACGCGAAUCCCGACAGAGUGGCAGUCCCACUGAGUGGUCCAGGGGGUAAAAUAGCUGUUCUGGAGCUGAAGAAGACAGGAAGACUUCCUGACGGAGUCAUGCCAGCUCUCGUUCAUGGAGCAACAAUCAUGGACUUCGCCUGGGAUCCCUUCGACAAUCAGAGGCUAGCAGUGGCCUGUGACGAUGGCAUCAUCAGACUGUGGGAGGUGCCUGCUGGGGGGCUGGUGGAGCCCACGAAUGAACCCAAAUUCACGGUUGAGGCUCACACUGACAAGAUUUAUCUCAUCAAGUUCCAUCCUCUGGCUGCUGAUGUCCUUGCUUCAGCGUCGUACGACACUACUGUUAAAAUAUGGGACCUGUCCAGGAUGGAGGAGGGGGCGGUGGCUAGGAUCACCCUGGGGGGACAUACUGAUCAGAUCUUCAGCCUCGCGUGGUCACCCUGUGGACAGUAUCUGGCUACUGCCUGCAAGGAUGGCAAAUUGAGGGUUUAUAAGCCCAGGUCCAGCGAGGUUCCCAUCAACGAGGGGAAGGGGCCUGUCGGGACCAGGGGGGCCAGGGUCGUGUGGGCCCUUGAUGGCAGGUUUCUCCUCGCUAUUGGCUUUGAUAAGGUCUCGGAGAGGCAAAUCAUGAUGUUCAAGCCUGAUAAGCUGAACUCUCCCCUCAAUACUGUGGGCCUUGACGUCUCACCGGCCAUUCUCAUGCCAUUUUACGACGAGGACAGCUCCACUCUGCUGCUCACUGGUCGUGGCGACUCCACUAUUUACGCGUUUGAGGUCACUGAAGAGGCCCCCUACAUAUGUCCACUCAGCCACCAUCGCUGUGCCAGCCUUCAUCAGGGGCUCUCGUUCCUCGCGAAGAACAAGUGCGAUGUCGCCAGUGUUGAGUUUGCGUCUGCUCUGAGGCUCACCAACAACACGAUAGAACCCCUCAGCUUCACUGUGCCCAGGAUCAAGAGUGAACUCUUUCAGGAUGAUCUGUUUCCACCUACGAGGGUCACCUGGAAGCCCAGUAUGGGGGCUGGGGAGUGGUUCAGUGGCGCCAACAAACAGGCGACGAGGAUCAGCUUGAAACCUCCGGGGAUGGAUUGCCUGUCGGAGAAUCAAGGGUCUGGGAUUGUCACUGCACCUGUCUCUGCUAAGGGACAGUUCGCCGUCUCCCAGCAGGCUUUUGGCAGACUCAACUCCAAUGAGUGGUACAAGGCUAAACAUGAUGAGAUCCAAAAGAACAUGAGCAACAGUCUGGGGGAGAUGAUACAAUGCUCGCUGGAGCAGGACCACAUGGAGGGGGUGGAGGAACACGAAUGGGACGAUUAAACAACACCACGCAUGAAUGACCAGCUGCUUGGAGCGGAACGCCACUACAAAAAAGAACCAAAAAAGAGAGAAAAAAAAAUCGAAAAACCGUCGAAGUACCUCCGAAAAUGAUUCAUCGGGCGUCUCGCUUCGGUGCGUGUCACUGAAUAGCCAUCUCCGGUCAUUCUGGCUCCCCAUCGUUACCCCGUAAGCCACUGAAAACCGCUCUAUCCAUUAAAUAUUCAACUCAACCCAAUAUUUUCGCUCCUCAUCAGCAGUUAACUUGCAUUUUUCCACAUUGUGUGCCACAUUCAGAGUUUUAUUUCUAUUAUCGUUAAUCUAUAUCAAUUGUGCAAACCGAGUGCGAUUUAUUUCAGGCAUAUUAAUUUAUUCAUUAACGUGUGAAAAAAUUUUGUAGAAAAAGCUAAACGUUUCUUUGAAAUAUUCUGUUGGAGUUCUGUGAGAAUUCUAUUAGUUUUUUCAGAAAAUAAUUUUUUUUUCAAGUUUUUUCUUGAAUCUUAUUAUGAAAAACAAAUUAAAAUACAGAAAUAAAAAGCUUAGAAACCUUACGUUCAAGGAUUUCUGUAGAAAAGCUAAAAUUUGUUGACUAUUUGAUAUUAUUGAAUACUAUUAUUGUUAUUAUUAUUCAAUAUUAUUUAAUGAAAUCUCAAAGGAAAUAUAAUUGAAUUCUUAUAGAGUUCUAAUUGAAAUUCGAUUGAAAAAUCUGAAAGAUAAAAUGAUAAAUUUCUUAAUAGAAUUUUUAUAGAUUUUUGGUAGAAUUCCAAUAGAAUAUCUUAAAGAAAGCGAUAGUUUGGUCUAUUAAUUUUUUUUCACACGUGUCCAAACGCCUCCCUUUCGAGGAUUAACGUGUGAUCAUAGCUCUAGUCUAGAAUGAAAUACGUUUUCGUCACUUUCGCCUGUUCAUUAUUUUUACUCUGUAAUACGUAUAUUAAUGGUAAUGGCUUAGUAUAAUUGUCAUGUAGUUUAGGAACCAGGGAUUCACUGGAAAAAUAUCGAGUGAAACUCGAAAAUUGCUACAGAAAUUCGUGCGUUUGUUUUUACGUUUUGUAGCAACGUAUUAGGACGAACAUUGAGAUUUCAUUCUACGUAAUUCAAGUUGAGGAAUUUCGAGGCGAUCUUACUGAGAUUAUUGAUAUAGUUCGUAAUGGAGCAAUCAACAUGAUGAUUCGAGGAGUCGAGACAUCUCGAAUUUUCUUAAAAUGGUGAUGAAUAAAUCUAUUUAUUAGCGAGAUUGGGGAGGCGACAGCAUAAUAUCGAUUGAGGUAGUUGUUUCUCGAAUUCAGUUGAUGGUCAUGCGCUUUUGAUGAUCGUUUCAAUUAAAUUCGUUUAUAAUUCGAUGGAAAAGCGAUGAAAUUGAAUGAAUUCAUUUCACUUCACAUGAGUUUUGGGGAAUUUGUUUAAACGAAAUAUUAUCAGAAUUGAUAAGCUGUAAAUGUUUAGCAAAAUAUUCACAUGCAAAUGUGAGAACUUUUUUUUGUUUUUUUCAUCAUUUCGUGUUUUUUGGGAAUGGAAAGAUUGCGAAUUCGAGUGAAUCUUGAAAAUUCAGGUCGUAUUUAAUAUUGAUAUCAAAUUGAUUGAUAUUGAAUUGUUUUGAUAAUCACAUAAAAUAAACAGAAUUAAAAAGCCAAUUCUAUUUAACAAUUUCGCAGUGCAUUUUUUUAAUAGAAAUGUCCAUUAAAAAAUAUAGAAUGUUGUAAUAACAUUACAAAACUAAUGGCAAAGUGAAAUUCUCUCAUUCAUUUUUACGACUUUUUUAAAAGAAAAAAAAAAGUUUCAUGACUUCACUGAACAUUUCGAAUAAUUUUUACUGAAAUUAAGGAUAAUUGGUGAUUAUCAAGUAUUGUAAAUAGAAAAUUCGCGAUUUCAGUUCCUCAGUCUGGGACAAUUCCCUGAAUAAUUCGAUAAACGAAUUGAAAUGAAUUUGACUCGAUAAUAAAUAAUGAAUACCCCCUGAGAAAUAACUACUUUGAGAUCACGUGUGUGUGAUAUUUACUGAGUGAUACUGUUUUCCCCCGAUGUUUACCCCUUGCACGCACACUCAUGAAUAAUUUACAACUAAAAAAUAAUUGAAAAAGUACGUGAGGAUAAUAGCAAUAAGGGUAGUUGAGGAUAAUACGUGAAUGCACUAAUCCAUGAUCGGUUGAAUAAAUUGAGGACAAAAAUCCAUAUCGAGUAUUAAAAUAUUAGUCCUGACAUGGUGGUGACUCUCCUCACCUCCGAUUAAUCAGAGUAUUCACCGUAAAUACGAUGAAAGUCAUGUUUUUUUUUCGUCAUGAUUCAAGAGACUGUCAUGAAUUCCUACGUAAAAUGCUCGGGGAGAUAAUUUUUCAUAUUCUCACCGGCAAAUAGAGUAAUUGAAACAUCUUUAUAAUUCCAAUUUUACACUUUUUACAUUGAUACAUAAUCGAUAAAGCCAUUAUUUUUCAUCGAUGAUUAUGGAAAUGACUCCAACGAUUUUUGCUAUGCAUAUAUUUUUUAGUAAAUGGGAGAAAAUGUGAAUUAUUUCGUGAUGUAAAAUUUUUUACAUUUUUUAAAUGUCGUAACAUUAUUAACUGUAUUGUACAGAGUAAUGUAAUUUAAUGUGGUGCUUGCCAUCCUGCGUAAUUGAUGAUGAUUCGUCCGCUGCAUAAAUUUCCAAUUGUUCUAAUCCACCUUUGCAUUAAGAAAACAAAAAAAAAUUAAUGAGGAAAAAAAAUUGAAGUAGAAAUCAGCAGAAACCAGAUUACAAACGUUUUCCAUUUUCCUAAAGUGUCGAAUCAGCGUUGAUUACGAUGGUAUUAGAGUACCACAAAUCCUUUGUCAAAGAAGCGACCGAGGUGCCAAAAAUGAAAUUUCCACUGAAACUAAUCAUCCAAAAUUGAGCCAUUCCAUGCGAGCCAUUCCAUGAGAAAAAAAAUUUCCACUCAUUUUAUACUCGUCCAUAAUCCAGGAUGACAAAAUUAAUUCGAUACAUUAUUCACUUAUUUUUCUAAUUCUGUAUCAGUGCUAAUCCGACAUUACCGAGAUAUUUAGUAGUUGAUUUGCUGAAGUCCUUCCUCGAAUAAUGAUGCAGUACCAAGAGGCAUUAAAUUUGCGGAGCCUAAAGUACCUCGGAGUUGAUGGACAUGUGACUAAUGCAUGUCAUAAUUUUAGAUAAUGAAGGUAAUGAGAGAAUGGUGAUCCGCCAAGAGUAGUUUUGUCGUAGUAGUGACGUCUCUUUGUAUCGACUUUAUAUCUUACCAUGUAUUUCAUCUAUAAGAUAUUUCUACCAAAUAACAAUGGAGGCUUUAAUAUUCAAA